AUGAAGCUCGCCGGACAUGCGACAGCGUGGAUCCCAAUCGCCAUUUCAAUGUUAAUUCUGAUGGCUGCAUCAGGUGGUACGUCAGCUCCAAGUCACCUACGGCUGCCGACGUCCGGCAACAAUAAUUAUUUGACCACCGAAGAGCACUGGCUCGAUCAAAGUCUCGAUCACUUCUCUCCUUACGAUCACCGUCAAUUCAAGCAACGCUACUAUGAAUAUCUUGAUCAUUUCAGAGCCCCUGAUGGGCCUAUAUUUCUUAAGAUAUGUGGAGAAUCUACUUGCAAUGGGAUUGUCAAUGACUAUGUGGGCGUUUUGGCAAAGAAAUUUGGAGCAGCUGUGGUUUCUCCUGAGCAUCGUUAUUAUGGAAAGAGUUCCCCCUUUCAGUCAUUGACAACGAAGAAUCUGAGAUAUCUUUCAUCAAAACAAGCUCUCUUUGAUUUAGCUGUUUUCAGACAGCAUUAUCAGGAAUCCUUAAACACAAAGCUCAACAGAUCAAAUAUUGAUAAUCCAUGGUUUAUCUUUGGUGUUUCAUAUGCCGGAGCCCUCAGCGCAUGGUUUCGCCUGAAGUUUCCUCACCUUACUUGUGGAAGUCUUGCAAGUUCUGCAGUUGUCCUUGCUGUUUACGACUUCACAGAAUUUGAUAAGCAGAUAGGUGAAUCUGCAGGUCCCGAAUGUAAAGCUGUGUUGCAAGAAAUUACUCAACUUGUUGAACAGAAACUUGGAUCUAAUGAAAAAACACUAAAAAAUUUAUUUAGUGCUGCUGAGCUGAAAAAUGAUGGCGAUUUCCUGUAUUUUUUGGCGGAUGCUGCAGUUAUAGCGUUUCAAUAUGGAAAUCCGGAUAAGCUUUGCAUCCCUCUUGUUGAAGCAAAGAAAGCUGGGAACGAUUUAGUAGAAGCAUAUGCCACGUAUGUGAAGGAGUAUUAUAUUAAAAGUUUCGGUGUUAGUGUUGACACAUACAAUCAAGAACAUCUGAAGAAUACUACAUUAGCCAGUGGUACUUCUGAUCGAUUAUGGUGGUUCCAAGUCUGUACAGAAGUUGCAUAUUUCCAAGUUGCACCUUCAAAUGAUAGUGUCCGCUCAUCAAAAGUUGAUACCAGUUAUCAUUUGGACCUCUGCAAGAAUGUUUUUGGGGAAGGUAUCUAUCCUGAUGUUACAGCGACUAAUAUAUACUAUGGAGGCACAAAAAUUGCUGGUUCAAAAAUAAUCUUCACUAAUGGAUCACAGGACCCUUGGCGACGUGCAUCCAAACAGACGUCUGCACCCGAGAUGCCUUCAUACAUCAUGACAUGUCAUAACUGUGGCCAUGGAGCUGAUAUUCGUGGUUGCCCCCAGUCUCCUUUGGCUCCAGAAGGUGAUGCCAAGAAUUGUAGCUCCCCAGAAGCAGUCGACAAAGUAAGGCAGCAUAUCAUUGCACAAAUCGAUCUUUGGUUGUCCGAGUGUCAGAAUUCAGGCAGAAGUUCCAUGUAA